AUGGCCCCCGCCCGGGGCCGCCUGCCCCCCGCGCUCUGGGUCGUCACGGCCGCGGCGGCGGCGGCCACCUGCGUGUCCGCGGCGCGCGGCGAAGUGAACUUGCUGGACACAUCAACCAUCCAUGGAGACUGGGGCUGGCUCACGUAUCCGGCUCAUGGGUGGGACUCCAUCAACGAGGUGGACGAGUCUUUCCAGCCCAUCCACACGUACCAGGUGUGCAACGUCAUGAGCCCCAACCAGAACAACUGGCUGCGCACGAGCUGGGUGCCCCGCGACGGUGCCCGGCGUGUCUACGCCGAGAUCAAGUUCACCCUGCGUGACUGCAACAGCAUGCCCGGCGUGCUGGGCACCUGCAAGGAGACCUUCAACCUCUACUACCUGGAGUCGGACCGUGACCUGGGCGCCAGCACGCAGGAGAGCAAGUUCCUCAAGAUCGACACCAUUGCGGCUGACGAGAGCUUCACGGGGGCCGACCUGGGGGUGCGGCGCCUCAAGCUCAACACGGAGGUGCGCGGCGUGGGCCCCCUCAGCAAGCGCGGCUUCUAUCUGGCCUUCCAGGACAUCGGCGCGUGCCUCGCCAUCCUGUCUCUCCGCAUCUACUACAAGAAGUGCCCCACCAUGGUGCGCAACCUGGCUGCCUUCUCGGAGGCGGUGACGGGGGCCGACUCGUCUUCGCUGGUGGAGGUGCGGGGCCAGUGCGUGCGGCACUCCGAGGAGCGGGACACGCCCAAGAUGUACUGCAGCGCCGAGGGCGAGUGGCUGGUGCCCAUUGGCAAGUGCGUGUGCAGCGCUGGCUACGAGGAGCGGCGGGACGCCUGCGUGGCCUGUGAGCUGGGCUUCUACAAGUCGGCCCCUGGGGACCAGCUGUGCGCCCGCUGCCCUCCCCACAGCUACUCUGCAGCCCCCGCUGCCCAGGCCUGCCACUGUGACCUCAGCUACUACCGUGCGGCCCUGGACCCACCGUCUGCAGCCUGCACCCGGCCGCCCUCGGCACCGGUGAACCUGAUCUCCAGCGUGAAUGGGACAUCCGUGACCCUGGAGUGGGCCCCCCCCCUGGACCCAGGCGGCCGCAACGACAUCACCUACAACGCCGUGUGCCGCCGCUGCCCCUGGGCGUUGGGCCACUGCGAGACGUGUGGGAGUGGCACCCGCUUCGUGCCCCAGCAGACAAGCCUGGUGCGGGCCAGCCUGCUGGUGGCCAAUCUGCUGGCCCACAUGAACUACUCCUUCUGGAUCGAGGCCGUCAACGGCGUGUCCGACCUGAGCCCCGAGCCCCGCCGGGCGGCUGUUGUCAACAUCACCACGAACCAGGCAGCCCCGUCCCAGGUGGUGGUGAUCCGCCAGGAGCGCGCGGGCCAGACCAGCGUCUCCCUGCUGUGGCAGGAGCCAGAGCAACCCAAUGGCAUCAUCCUGGAGUAUGAGAUCAAGUACUACGAGAAGGACAAGGAGAUGCAGAGCUACUCCACCCUCAAGGCCGUCACCACCAGGGCCACCGUGUCGGGCCUCAAGCCGGGCACCCGCUACAUGUUCCAGGUCCGAGCCCGCACCUCUGCAGGCUGCGGCCGCUUCAGCCAGGCCAUGGAGGUGGAGACCGGGAAACCCCGGCCCCGCUAUGACACCAGGACCAUUGUCUGGAUCUGCCUGACGCUCAUCACGGGUCUGGUGGUGCUUCUGCUCCUGCUCAUCUGCAAAAAGAGGCACUGUGGCUACAGCAAGGCCUUCCAGGACUCUGACGAGAAGAUGCAGUAUCAGAACGGGCAGGCACCCCCACCUGUCUUCCUGCCCCUGCACCACCCCCCAGGGAAGAUCCCGGAGCCCCAGUUCUAUGCAGAACCCCAUAACUAUGAGGAGCCAGGCCGGGCGGGCCGCGGUUUCACCAGAGAGAUUGAAGCCUCCAGGAUCCACAUCGAGAAAAUUAUCGGCUCUGGGGAGUCGGGGGAAGUCUGCUACGGGCGGCUGCGGGUGCCAGGGCAGCAGGACGUGCCCGUGGCCAUCAAGGCCCUCAAAGCCGGCUACACAGAGAGACAGCGGCGGGACUUUCUGAGCGAGGCAUCCAUCAUGGGUCAGUUUGACCACCCCAAUAUCAUCCGCCUUGAAGGUGUCGUCACCCGUGGCCGCCUGGCAAUGAUCGUGACUGAGUACAUGGAGAACGGCUCCCUGGACGCCUUCCUGAGGACUCACGACGGGCAGUUCACCAUCAUGCAGCUGGUGGGCAUGCUCAGAGGUGUGGGUGCCGGCAUGCGCUACCUCUCAGACCUGGGCUACAUCCACCGAGACCUGGCCGCCCGCAACGUGCUGGUUGACAGCAACCUGGUCUGCAAGGUGUCCGACUUCGGGCUCUCCCGGGUGCUGGAGGACGACCCCGACGCGGCCUACACCACCACGGGAGGCAAGAUCCCGAUCCGCUGGACGGCACCCGAAGCCAUCGCUUUCCGGACCUUCUCCUCGGCCAGCGAUGUGUGGAGUUUCGGUGUGGUCAUGUGGGAGGUGCUGGCCUAUGGGGAGAGGCCCUACUGGAACAUGACAAACCGUGACGUCAUCAGCUCCGUGGAGGAGGGGUACCGCCUGCCUGCGCCCAUGGGCUGCCCGCGCGCCCUGCACCAGCUCAUGCUCGAUUGCUGGCACAAGGACAGGGCCCAGCGGCCUCGCUUUUCCCAGAUUGUCAGUGUCCUCGAUGCCCUCAUCCGGAGCCCUGAGAGUCUCAGGGCCACGGCCACUGUCAACAGGUGCCCGCCCCCUGCCUUUGCCCAGAGCUGCUUUGACCUCCGUGGGGGUGGGGGCGGCGGCGGGGGCCUCACCGUCGGGGACUGGCUGGAUUCCAUCCGCAUGGGCCGCUACCGGGACCACUUUGCCGCCGGCGGUUACUCCUCCCUGGGCAUGGUGCUGCGUAUGAACGCUCAGGACGUGCGCGCCCUGGGCAUCACCCUCAUGGGCCACCAGAAGAAGAUCCUCGGCAGCAUCCAGACCAUGAGGGCCCAGCUGACCAGCACCCAGGGGCCCCAUCGGCACCUCUGA